GGAGAGGUUGUCCCAUGUGAUGCGACUGAUUCCUGGCGGACGGUGCUCGUCUGUUAUGGCUCCUCCUGCCCCAGUGGUAAGGCCGAGACGUAACAGUAGCGCAGGGGACCGGGAGUAACCCGACCGCCGUGUGAUUUUCCGGAGCCCACCGCGGAAGAUGACAGAUCUUGUAAUGCUCCUGGGAGAGACAUAGACGUUGCGUUCGACGUCGCCUCUUCUGCUGUGAAGGCUUCGACAUUUCUUCCCCAUUACCAACACCCCAAAUGAACUCCGUCAGAGCCGUGAGCAGAAGACCAAGGCGAGUGUCGAGGCCGCGCCCGGUGCAGCCGGAGAGGAAUCACCAGGAAAGAGAUGAGGACGUUCCUGCAGAUAUGGUUGCAGAAGAAUCUGGUCCAGGAGCUCAGAAUAGUCCGUACCAACUUAGAAGAAAGUCUCUCCCCAAGAGAACUGUGUGUCCGACAAAGACAAACAUGGAGGGUGCUUCCACUUCAACGACAGAAAACUUCGGACACCGACCCAAGCGACCAAGGGUUUCAGGAAAAUGCCAAGAUAUACCAUCAGCUCCAGCUGAGCAGUAUUUGCAAGAGAAGCUUCCAGAUGAGGUGGUGCUAAAGAUCUUCUCAUACCUACUGGAGCAGGACUUGUGCCACUCUGCACUUGUGUGCAAGCGCUUCAGCGAGCUGGCAAACGACCCCAUCCUCUGGAAAAGACUGUACAUGGAUGUUUUCGAGUACACGCGACCCAUGAUGCACCCAGAGGCAGGGAAGUUCUACCAAAUAAAUCCAGAAGAAUAUGAGCAGCCAAAUCCCUGGAAGGAAAGUUUUCAGCAGCUGUACAAAGGCGCUCACGUUAAGCCAGGUUUUGCAGAACACUUCUACAGCAAUCCUGCGAGGUACAAAGGGAGAGAUAACAUGUUUUACUACGACACCAUAGAGGAUGCCCUUGGAGGGGGCCAGGAGCCCCACUUUGAUGGCCUCAUAUUUGUUCACACUGGUAUUUACACAGAUGAGUGGAUCUACAUUGAGUCGCCUAUCACAAUGAUUGGCGCUGCUCCUGGAAAAGUGGCAGAGAAAGUCAUCAUCGAGAAUACCAGGGACUCCACAUUUGUGUUCAUGGAAGGCUCAGAAGACGCUUAUGUCGGAUACAUGACUAUAAGGUUUAAUCCUGAUGAUAAAUCCGCCCAGCACCAUAAUGCACACCAUUGCUUGGAAAUUACGGUCAACUGCAGCCCAAUUAUUGACCACUGCAUCAUACGCAGCACAUGCACAGUGGGGUCAGCUGUGUGUGUCAGUGGCCAGGGUGCUUGUCCCACCAUCAAGCACUGCAACAUCAGUGACUGUGAAAAUGUCGGGCUUUAUAUCACAGACCAUGCACAGGGAAUAUAUGAGGACAAUGAGAUCUCCAACAAUGCUCUCGCUGGCAUAUGGGUGAAAAAUCACGGUAACCCAAUCAUAAGAAGAAAUCACAUUCACCAUGGCAGAGAUGUUGGUGUUUUUACGUUCGACCAUGGAAUGGGUUACUUUGAGAGUUGCAAUAUUCAUAGGAACCGCAUCGCUGGGUUUGAGGUGAAGGCGUAUGCCAACCCGACAGUGGUGCGCUGUGAAAUCCAUCAUGGUCAAACGGGGGGCAUCUACGUGCAUGAAAAGGGCCGUGGACAGUUCAUUGAAAAUAAGAUCUAUGCAAAUAACUUUGCCGGUGUGUGGAUUACUUCUAAUAGUGAUCCCACAAUAAGGGGAAAUGCUAUAUUCAAUGGUAACCAAGGCGGCGUGUAUAUUUUUGGUGACGGCCGAGGUCUCAUUGAAGGAAAUGACAUCUAUGGGAAUGCCUUGGCCGGGAUACAGAUCAGGACAAACAGCUGCCCUAUUGUCAGGCACAACAAGAUCCACGACGGCCAGCAUGGUGGCAUUUAUGUGCAUGAGAAAGGACAAGGUGUAAUCGAGGAGAAUGAGGUCUACAGCAACACACUGGCUGGAGUGUGGGUCACAACGGGCAGCACCCCGGUACUGCGGAGGAACAGGAUACACAGUGGCAAGCAGGUUGGUGUCUAUUUCUAUGACAACGGCCAUGGUGUUUUGGAAGACAAUGACAUUUACAAUCACAUGUAUUCUGGAGUUCAAAUAAGAACUGGCAGCAAUCCCAAAAUAAGGCGGAACAAGAUAUGGGGAGGUCAAAAUGGCGGCAUAUUGGUUUACAACUCAGGCCUGGGCUUUAUUGAAGACAAUGAGAUCUUUGAUAAUGCUAUGGCAGGAGUGUGGAUUAAGACAGACAGCAACCCCACCCUGCGAAGAAAUAAAAUCCAUGAUGGGAGAGAUGGUGGAAUCUGUAUAUUUAAUGGAGGAAGAGGUUUGCUUGAGGAAAACGACAUCUUCAGAAAUGCCCAAGCAGGUGUCCUCAUCAGCACCAACAGUCAUCCCGUCUUGAGGAAAAAUAGAAUAUUUGACGGUUUUGCUGCAGGUAUUGAAAUCACCAAUCAUGCCACAGCCACUUUAGAGGGUAAUCAGAUCUUCAACAAUCGUUUCGGAGGGCUUUUUCUUGCAUCUGGUGUCAACGUUACAAUGAAAGGUAUUAGUUUAAACUGCCACACUUUCACAAGCAACUUAAAUGAAUCGUGCCAUAUUCAUCCUGCAGAUAACAAAAUUUUGAACAAUCAAGAUGCAAUUGAAAAGGCUGUGAGUAGAGGUCAGUGCCUGUACAAGAUUUCAAGUUACACCAGCUAUCCAAUGCACGAUUUUUACAGGUGCCACACCUGUAAUACAACAGACCGCAAUGCCAUCUGUGUGAACUGCAUCAAGAAGUGCCACCAGGGACACGACGUGGAGUUCAUCAGACACGAUAGGUUCUUUUGUGACUGUGGUGCAGGGACACUGUCAAAUCCUUGCACAUUAGCCGGAGAGCCGACACACGACACAGACACCCUCUACGACUCAGCGCCUCCUAUAGAGUCCAAUACGCUCCAGCACAACUGAGCCUCAGACCACAAUCCCAGUCAUGCCUCAGCAUUAAUGAAUGCCUGGGACCAUUGUUAAGGAAGAGGAAACCUAAAUUUGAAUACAGACUCUCGCAGAGCAUUUACAAUGUGGGGCAGGGUUAAAAAAAGAAAGACCUGGAUGUAAAAAAAAAAAAAAAAGCCUAGCCUUUCUUUUUUUGGGGGGUAAAACGAGACAUCAAUGGGAAAAAACUGCAAACCAGCAGAAUGGCUCAUGUUGGAGUAAAGAUACAGUCAUGUACAACGUGACAGAGACGUUUUGAUGGAGGAAAAGGCCCGAAAGGCCACUAUGCUUCCAUCUCUUGGUGACCGAGCUGCUCAUACGUUAUGUAUGAGAAUAUCUGAACUAGCACUUCCACCCCUCAACUGUUCAUUUGAUUUUAAUGCUUUUUGUGUAGUUUUGUAUUUUCAUGCAAAGACCUUACUGUACUUGAAUGUCCUUAUUUUAUUAAAUGUAUUUUUUUUGUUUUAUUAUACCCCAGAAUUGCUGUAAUUAUACUCAUGUCGCAGUAUCUAACUUCUUUCUGUGAAAGAGAACUGAGAGGGAAACACUAAGCAGUUUCUCCUGCAACACUGGCUCAUUCGCAACAAAGACUGAAAUGUACUUUGACAAGACUUGUACGACUUCGCAUGUAUUUCUCCCCAGUGAACUGUUCAGGGGUCUCUCUGUGUAUUUAUAGAGAAGGCAUUAAGAAAUUAGGUCUGCUCUUUCACGGCUAUACAUAGCAGUUUUAAUUUGAAACCUUUCGCAAUGAACUUAAGAGUACCUGUCAACAGGCUUAUUAUUCUACCUUGUACUUUGCCUAAUUGUUUCCAGUUUUAGGUCGCAGGUCUUGUGAAACGCCUUUCAGUUUUUCUCUCUCAUUGAUUUGUCAAUGUUGCAGGAAAACCCAAGAGCUGAGACCAGUAUCUACAUACAGCACUAUAUUAUUUCAUUAUCCCUCCCCAAUUCAUGUGUAAUGGUGAUUGUGGGUUCUAAUUCAGACUGAAAUGUAUGCAUGUAUCAUAACACCUAGACUUAAUAUAUUGUGAAGUAUUCAAUAAUCGUUAUGUAGGCGUUAGCUUGAAUUAAAAGGGUUUAAUUUCCUAGGUGAACAUUUGUCUUUUUUUUUUUUUUUUUUUUAAUAAACUUUAUUAGAUC